AUGGGCAGCAUAGAUUCACGCUUCUUUAGCACUGUCUCCCGCUUCCCCCCCUGCCCGCAUCCUCCUCAUCAAAGCACUGCUCCCCGCCUUUCUCCGCUUCCCCUUAUCUCUGCGCCUACUUCUCCUUUAGGGACUUCCGGCCCACAGCUCUGUGAGCGUUUGCGCUGCAGAGAGUGCUCACGAGGGGGCGGGGAAUGGGGACUGCUGAUGGGGCUGGCGGAGGCUAUAGAGGAUGUGUUUGGUGUUGAAGAUGGCGGGGCGGUGGUACGGUGGAUAUAUCGCCAACCCCACAGGAGUGGGGGGGGGGGGCUGAAGGGGGGUGAAGGAGGGGUUGCUGCUGGGGCGGGCGGAGGUCAUAGCUAUGAUGCACCUGUUCCUCCUACUCCAUCCCCGCACCUGCUUCUCCCACGCCAUCUUCUGCCCCACGGACUCCCCCAUACCCACGGCACGGGCGCACUGCUCACCCAAGAAGAGGUUGCUGCCAUGGCAGAGCUGCACGGGAGGCUGCAGGCGAAGCUGGGUGAGGCCCGGCUGCUGGGUUCCCCGUGGCGGUUUUUGAGGAUGGCCGGGCAGAGGGAGGAGGAGGUGCGUCCGAAGGUAGAGCAGCGGGAGAAGGCGGUAGGUGGUGAGAGGAACGUAGUCUAA